GAAGGAGCACGAGACUGUCGCAGCUUUCAUUGCCACCAAAGUCGCCCCCUUUAGUGGUGCUGACAAUUUCUUCUGAGGCUUAGAAAGGCUUUGGGCAGUGAGAGGAGGUAGAAGCAGAGCAGAGGCUGUUUUGAAAUCCUUGCUGGAGAAUUAGAAAAAAAAUAAAUAAACCAACCCCAAACCACGAGCUCGAUCUCCUCCAAUGAAAGAGGUACCACAGGGUGUAGGCAGGUUGCCAGGCGAGCUCGGCAGCGUGACCGCACUGCAUUGAGUUUCUUUAAUGAAAGCCAGGAAAGAACACAUUACACAGUGUUUCUUCUGAGAGCCAGCGAGCCUCCAGUGAUUGAAAUCAAUAAAAACAGUCGGCAAGGGGCCCAGUGGGGGAAGAGAGAAAUCUCCACUACAGCAUUCAGUUUGCUUUCCACUUUCUCCCUCCCCCUCUAAAGUUAAACUCCGAAGAUCACCAUGACAAGCUGCUUCGCUUCCAGCGCUGGGAAGACGCUGGUGGGGAUUUAAAGGAAGCGAGCGCUUUCCUUCGCCUCCCUGCCUUCGCUCUGCCCCCAGCGCGAAGGAAAUGAAAGGCUUGUUCGGAAUUUGAAUCCCGCCUGGAAAAAAACUUCAUUGGACAAGUGCAUCGCUCUGCAUUUCAGGAAAGGGAUGGAUUUUACGGUCAGAGAAUGCUAAAAGGUGAGAGGGGGAAGAGAAGCAGGAAUCUGAUCCAGCCGGAGCCCACGGGCAGGGUAGGAUGUCCAAGCCGGCGGAGGGGAUCUCUGGAGCUGCGGGAAGGGCUGCGAGCAAGUGCCUGAGAUCAUCCACAUCCUGAGGCACCUGGAACGCUGAACACGUGACGGACACGCCGAGCCAGUGGCUCCAUCUCAGACUGACAUUCUCCUGGGCUGCACCUCAUAAAAGCUGGUAACCAGCGAAGGAAGACACAAAAGCUAAAAUCACUAUGUGGAGCUGUGAAGCCUUAAUCAACAGUACUGAGAACAGUGAGGACCAGCGUCUCUGCCAUGACUUCGACCUUGUGCUUUCCAUUUUUUCCCUUCUCUACCUCAUUAUAUGUUUCCCAAUUGGCCUUUGUUACAAUGGCCUGCUGGUCCUAGUUAACCUCUACAACAAAGCUACUAUGACUAUGCCAGAUGUUUACUUUGUCAACAUUGCCAUUGCCGGUCUCAUCAUCAACACUCUGGCACCAAUGUACCUGCUGGGUCUUGCCAAUACCAAAUGGGCCAUCUGGAAUUCCAACAACGAAGUUUAUAUUACCUUCCUUAUUUUAUUCAACGUCUCAUCGUUAGUUACCAUGUACUCUACCACACUGCUCAGUCUGGACUACUACAUCGAACGUGCCCUGCCCAGGACUUACAUGUCCAGUGUGUACAACACCAAACACGUGUGCGGGUUCAUUUGGGGCGGUGCCAUGCUCACCAGCUUUUCAUCUCUCCUGUUCUACGUCUGCAACCACGUGUCCACCAAAAUAAUCGAGUGUUCCAAGAUGCAGAACCAGGAGGCAGCAGAUGCCAUCAUGGUGUUUAUCGGGUACGUCGUGCCCGCCAUCGCUGUUCUGUACGCGCUGACGCUGAUCCUGCGGAUACGCAAGGAGGCCACGCCGCUGGAUCAGGACACUGGGCGCCUGGAUCCAUCAGUGCACAGGCUUCUGAUUGCCACAGUCUGCACACAGUUCACCCUGUGGACACCCUAUUAUGUUAUUCUCUUGGUAAGCACGUUUACCAACCUACGAGGAAGAAUUCCGGAUGUAAAUUCCAUUCAAAUACUACACUUUGCCACGAUUUUGUCAAAAUUCCUGGCUUUCUCCAGCAGCUUUGUCAUGCCUCUGCUCUACAGAUACAUUAACAAAAACUUUCCCAACAAAUUACGACGUUUGCUUAAAAAGAUACACUGUGGGAACCAAGGGUGUUCUCACGAGCGCACAGUUGUACAGCAGGUCAUGACAUAGGUGUGACACAACCCCUGGUGCUCUGUGCCUGCAGCACUGGGUGCUCAGUGCUGGGACUGUGAUGCUGCUGUGUUGGCACUCAGAGACAUUUGAGAGUCCCAACCAAGAGGCUGGAAGCAGCUUCCAUUGCAGUUGAAUGCAACAGUCUUAAUUUUCCAGUAGUUGUUUGCUGAAGUGGUGUGAGGCUCUGGCUAUGUGCUGCAUGACCUGUGACAUCAGAUAGCUUCAGUGCACUGAACUGGUGACAAAGGACAAACUCUGUUUUCAUGGCUCUGAUCUUCCUGUCUGAAGAAAUCACUAGGCAGUUUAUUGAAGUCUUGACUGAAGACACAGCACCUUGUAUCUUGUAUAGAAAAAGGUAUUACCUUGUUUUCUGUACUAAGAAGUGAUAGUGCUAUCCUUGAUGAAGUAAAUAGCAUAUUUCAAUGAAGAUUAUAUAGAUGAUCUUUACUGAAGAUCAUAUUACUCAAUUAUACAUGUCCAAAUAGUAAAUGUUAAUUAUAAAUUAAAUUAUUUAAUUUCUUUCUCCAUCACUGAAUCCUCUCUAAAAGAAGCCUAAUUUACUUUUUUCAGAAAUUAUUUUCUCACACAAACUAACCUGUUUUAACGUUUAUGGUAAACUGAUUUUUCUUUUAGCUGCAACAAAUAACAAAAAUGUGUUUUAAUUUUCCAGUGCUUUGUCUGUAUCCUAAAACAUUUCAGGAAUUCAAAAAUAUUUAUUAACUAAUUCUGAUGGAACUUAGAGAUGUUUGUUCCACAUGCUAAAAUGAAGGACACAGUGGUUUACAAAGUUAAAUCAGAAUUUAACUAGUAAAGAUUGUCUGGCUAAGUGUUAUGGUCCACAUAUGUUCAUGUAACAAGAGUAAUUAUCUUUAAAAAUAAAUAUGUUUAUGAUUAACA